UCACUAAAUUACAUAUACACAAAAGCAUUGUUUGUUAUAAGAAAGAAAAACAUAAGCAAUGGUAAGGAACGAAUCGAAUUUCGUUGUUGAGCGCAUUGUGGACAAACGAAUCACUGCCGAUGGCAAAGUGGAGUAUUUAAUCAAAUGGCGCGGCUACACCUCAGCGGACAACACCUGGGAGCCGGAGGAGAACUGCGACUGCCCGGCACUCAUUCAAAAGUUCGAAGAGUCGCGGGCCAAGUCAAAGAAACGUGGCGAAAAGAAGCCCAAAUGCGAGGAAAUACAAAAACCACGCGGCUACGAGCGUGGCCUGGAGCUGGCCGAGAUUAUGGGCGCUACCGAUGUCACCGGCGAUACUAAGUACCUCGUUCGUUGGCAAUAUUGCGAAGAGUUUGAUUUGGUGCCGAGUGUUCUGGUUGCCGAGAAGGAUCCGCAACUGCUAAUCGAAUACUAUCAAAAGAUCGCCCCCUACACCGCGUACAUUGACAAGCGCAUGCAAGGCGUACCCGAGGAAUUGCGCGUAAUUGCGGCUCAGACUGGCUAUGCCGUCAGCAGCGCACCCACAGAUGCAGUGGAGCCCCCCAUUUGCAGCGUUGAGGGCGAACAAUCAUUACCAUCGAUGGUGAUGCAGAUGGAGCCAAAACAAGUGCCAAUCGAAUUGCCCAUCGUCGAACAGGAUGCCGUCGAAGCCGAGCUGGAUAAUGUUGGCGUAUCCUAUUCCAUACCGGUUCCAGGCGUCGGUCACAUCGCCAUCGAUGUACCAAUGGUCGAAUAA